GCUGCUUCUGCUGCCGCCGCUCUCUCCGCUCGCUCUCUCUUUUUUUGGGGCUCCCACGCGCGCUCUCUCCCCUCAGAAUAAAUCGUUAAUAGGCGAUUCGCAAAAAUAUCGAAGAAAAUUAAAUACCCGUCGCGAAAAAAGCGGAAAAUCAUCUCGCUAAAUCGCGGUGCAGUGCUGAAACAAGCGAGGAAAUCAACAAGAAGAGACAGUGCUGCAAUCGAGAAGCUUUAUAAAUAUAAAUCCGUCUAGUAUAGUGGCGGAAAUACUUACAGCAAUAAAAAGAAGAGAUAUUAAACAAAACAAGGAGAAAACGGCAAGCCAUUAAAAAGUAAAACUAGCCACGUCAAAUUAAUAAAUCUAAAUACAAUCAACUGUGACGGCAAUUCCCAGAAGAGACAUUGGCCUUUUAACUGCCUUAAAGUUGACGAAUUCAGCAAAGACUCUUGACUCUGCCGGGCUGUUUGGAUUGGACUCAUCCAGCUUUCGAGGAAGCCCACUCGCCAAAGAAAAGCGAGGAAAAAUCGGCAGAGCGAACGCUCCACAUCCACUUGAUGACCCUCUGGAGAGGAGGAGGAAGUGUCUCCUAGUUGGCCUCCUCGAGUCCGCCUCAUUCAAUGUCACUUGCCUCGAGGACGAGUGUUAAGUCGGGCGGCAGCGAAGUGGAUUUGAGACAGCGGAAUGCCAGUAUCCGGAACCUCUUCGCUCCCACGCCCGGUGAGUUGGCCAAGCGGAAAGAAGCCCGUCAGAGGAGCCGCAGCCAGAGCAGCUUCUCGCUCCAGAGAGUGGGUCAGGAGGGGAUUGGAUUUGCCGCUAAUGGGACUCCUGCAAAUGGGAGUGGGUCCCGGGAUGCUGAGCAGCUGCAGCUGCUGCAUCGUUCCACAGGGAAACUGGCCGGCUGGAGCAAUGGCCAUAGCUUCGACGAUGAUUACGGCCGGCGAGCCGCCUUGGGCAUAAAUCAAUUGCCAAUGACUGCGAAUCAAUCGGCAGUGAGACAAUACAAUGGCCAGGACAAUGCCGAGUCCCAGCCAAGCCCCAACAAUGGCUGCUGGCCUGCGACGAGUGCAUUUGAAUUGCCAAUGAGGCCGACUCGCACUCGGACCUUGGCUCGGACUCGUUCUCCGGCGGAGCACAAAAACUGGAGCUCGACGAGCCAGGUGGAAAAUUUUAUUAACAGCAACGAGCAGCUGCAGCAUCAGGACCCAUACCAAAACCAUCGCCAGGACAUUUCUGUUGACUUUGGUAAUGAAAUGACCUGGGGCAAAUCUGCUGAGAAAUCGCUGCCAUUGAAUCACCUGAGCAGCAUGAGCCCGAGCAGCCGACAAGGAGGAUUUUCCCAGCAGGACGACUGGGAUUUCGACUGGGAGCCAGAGUCAGAGCCCGGGCAGCGCGAAAGUUUGCACAGCCAAAGUUAUCGACCGGCGGCGGUUCCGGCAGCGGAGUCAACGCCGCUGGCAGAGCGCCUGCAGCGGUUUCGAUACCGCCAGCAACUGCAGCAACAGCAGCAGCAACAAGGGCACAUCACUGAUAGCGACGCUUACAAUAGCCCCUACGCCGGUCAGUUAUCAGCUGAACAAAUAGGCGUUGCAAAUUCGUGGAGACAGCCAGUUAGUGGGUUUUCUGCAGUCGAGGCUGGGGAACCAGCGGAGCAGGAGUACCCCGACCUAGAGCAAGAACCAAAGAGAGAUCUAGAGCCAGAUCGCGUGCUAUAUCCCGACUCGGAGCCGGAGGACGAAGAGGCAGCGCCGAAACGGCGUAUUGUCAUCAGGCGGCGCAUUGUGCGCAGCACCAACACCGCCAAAUCCGGUGGAAAUACCACCUCGGAAACUGUCGGUAGCACCACUGCCACCGAGGCUGCCCGGAGCACCGCCGACAAGUCGGGUGCAGGUGGCGGCGGCAAAAAUCUUGGCUGGCUGACUAGGCUGCGCAGCUUUGGAGCCAGCAACAGGAAGAACUCCUUGGAGACUGCCGCAGCAGCAGCAACACUCAGUAGCAGCAAUCACUCCGCAGAAGGCAGCAGCAGCAUCAGCUGCAGCAGCAAUCGAAUCAUGGCCGUCCUGCGUACCAUGAAGCUGAAGGAGCGCCUGGUCAUCAGCCUGGGCGCUACCUUGGUCCUGCUUACCCUGCUGCUCAUUGUGGACGUGCAGAUGGACUUUGGGGUGGCCAAUCGCCACCUAUUACAGCAGCAGCACCAGAAGAUCCGGCUGGGCAACGACUACGAUGCCACGGGCGCUGGCGGCGGAGGUGGAAUGCUGCAUGAGUUCAAGCGCAAAUUCCUGCAGAAGAGCAACUCAUCCGGCUCGAAGGAGGCCUCCACGCAGGCGGCGGCAAGUCAGAGCGGCGGGGCAACCAGUGGCCAGGAGGCGGCAGCAGGAGCCUCCGGGGGAGCGGCCGGACCCGGAACGGGGGCCAGCAUCCCCACCCGGAAGCCCACCCCGCACGAUCGUUAUGCGGAUCUGCAGAAGCACCUUCUCAGCGACGAGUACUCGCAUGUGAUUGUGGACAACGCGCCGGAUGUGGGACGGGACAAUCCCACGAUGGCCGAGAUGCUACAUCGCAAGGCCAGUGCAAAUGCCAGCAAUUUGGAGCGCUUCCAAUUGCGCAUCACGAAGAAGGAGCUGUACGGCGAGCAGGACACUCUGGUGGAUGCGGUGCUACGUGACAUGAUCAAGCUGCCAAUACAGCAUGUCGUGCAAAAGGAGGGCGGCACCCAGCUGAAAUUGAUCAUCGAGUAUCCCAACGAUAUCAAGGCCUUAAUGAAGCCGAUGCGGUUUCCGAGGGACCAGCAAACGCUGCCCAACCAUUUCUACUUCACGGACUACGAGCGCCACAACGCCGAGAUUGCCGCCUUCCACCUGGACAGGAUACUGGGAUUCCGCCGUGCCAUGCCCGUCGCCGGCCGAACGCUGAACAUUACGACCGAAAUUUAUCAACUGGCCGAGGAGAAUUUAUUGAAGACGUUCUUUGUUUCGCCAUCGCUGAAUUUAUGCUUCCAUGGCAAGUGCUCGUACUAUUGUGACACCUCGCAUGCCAUUUGCGGCAAUCCGGACAUGCUGGAGGGCUCCUUCGCCGCCUUUCUGCCCAGCUUUGAGUCCGGCAAUCGCAAGGGACGAAAGCUGUGGCGGCAUCCCUGGCGACGCUCCUACCACAAAAGGAAGAAGGCCCAGUGGGAGACAGAUGCCAAUUAUUGUGCCCUGGUCCGGGACAUUCCGCCCUACGACGAGGGCAGGCGGCUCUACGACCUCAUGGACAUGGCCGUGUUUGAUUUUCUUACUGGCAACAUGGAUCGUCAUCAUUACGAGACAUUCAAGGUCUACGGCAACGAGACGUUUCCCCUGCAUUUGGACCAUGGUCGUGGCUUUGGGCGUCCCUACCACGAUGAGCUCUCCAUCCUGGCGCCCGUACUGCAAUGCUGCCUCAUACGCAAGUCGACGCUCGUUAAGCUGCUGGAGUUUCACAACGGCCCCAAGACGCUUUCGCAGCUGUUGAGCGAGUCGUUGAGUCAGGAUCCCGUCAGUCCGGUGCUGUGGCAGCCUCACUUGGAUGCCCUCGACCGGCGGACCGGCAUAAUCCUGCAAAGCAUACGGGAUUGCAUCAAGCGAAAUCCACCGGGCGACGUCGAUGCGUCCGAGACGGACCUCUCCUCGUAGCAAUGAGGAGCGGCGGCGAGAGUGGAACAACAAAUCAUCCUAGAGCAUUAGCUUAAACCCCUAGCUGUUAGUCGCGUGUCCUGUGUGUUGAAGCAAAACAAAACAAUACAAUUAGCGUUAAUGUUUGUGGCAAUCGAUCUUUGAAAAAGGUCAACGUCCUAAGUGAAACAAUUCCCUGUCGCUCUGUCUGCACAUACCAAAAACAAAAACAAAGGGAAGCCAGCAAAUCAGCCGAGAGCCAAGAACGGAAAUGAAUUCACUCUAAUGUUUAUACUUUCACCUAGUUUUGCUGGGCAGAAUGUCCCCUUCUGGUCUUGAUUGGCAAUGAAAAUAGAGUACCUCCCACGCAAUCGCACACCCCAAUCACACUUAGUACUAUCUUAUACAGUGGGUGCCAAACAUAAACAAGGACACAUUGUGCAAACAACCCAGGAAGGAAGGAAAUCUUAACAUGUUGCCGGCGUGCGCCAGAAGGAAACUUCUUCAAAAGACUAUAAAAAACACUAACAAGAAGAACUAAAACUGAAAUGAAAACUACUGAAAAAUUCAAACUAUUUUCUAAAUAUUUAUUUAUAAUUUUUUUCAUACAUUUUACAACUUUUAUGAGCGUACGUUUUUCCUCGUAUGCAAAGUGCCCCUCCAGUCCAGUCCCCCCACAGACCCGAGCCCCUCUUCUCAAGAAAAGUUGUUGCAAGUUUAGUUUGUAAGUCAACCUAACUUUAUGAUCGAUAUCAGGCGUAGCUUUAUCCGAUUCCGGGGGCGCAUUGCGACGUGUCCGUCGGAUCGUCUUAUUAGUUAGUCCAAUCAGUUCCAGCGAGAAUCAUGUACUUCACCACGUGGGAAACAAAACAAAAGAACUAAGAGAACUACUGUUAAAAGUCUAAUGAUUAAUAUUAUUGCGUACAUAGUUAAGUUACAUUUGUUUUUAUUAUUGUAACGUUUUUCAAUUGUACCUAGAAUGGUUGCUAAAGAGCGAGCAGACGUCGUCUGCCGAAUUUGUUAAUUGGCCAAGAAGAGACAGGUAAAACGAGUAAGGAAACAACAACUAAAUUGUGUUAGGAUUAGUAAAAUUUUAGUGAAAAUUUCUGAUGUAAUUAAUAAAAAACGUACCAAAGAAAA